GUCUGUUUGAUGGGCUCUGUACUUAUUUUGCCAUUUCCUCUGUCCUUUUCUGUAUUAUUUUGAGAUAUUUUUGUUACCAUCAAGUUGUGAGAGUUGUCUCCUCCGCUGAUCUAACGGAUUUGAUUCGGGCGACGAGUCGAGCAUGAAUCCUUCGUUGUGGAAAUCUCUGCGAGUGGGAUCAAGGAAGAACGAGCUCUCGCCCACAGCCAAAGAGGGCGGACUUGAAUCUUCUACCGACGGGAAUAGCCAACGAACGCCUCAAGUCAGUACGGCACCAGCAAACAUAGUCGACAUCGAAACGCUUGGCAAAGAUGCUUCACAAGAUCAACUUGCUGUCCUGCAAUCAAGCAUUCCGCGAUCAAUAACACCAGUUCUAAAAGACCAGUAUACACUAUAUCCUCUACAUACAUCGUCGAAUGCGAAUUCGGUGCCAUGCGAGGGACACUAUGCCAUAGAUUUCGUCGCAGUUCAUGGGAUCGAUGGCGGAUCACACAAGACAUGGACUCAUGGCAAUGGCUACUAUUGGCUCCAAGACUCUAUACCAAAUGAUUUUCCUGGGGCAAGAGUAUACUCGUUCGGGUAUCCGGCUGAGGUGCUCUUUACGAGAGGGAAGUCUGACAUCUCAGACUUUGCCUCAGCUCUUUUAGAAGAAGUCAAAGCGACACGCAGCACCAAAGAAGAUCAACGACGACCUCUUAUUUUUAUAUGCCAUAGCAUGGGUGGCAUUGUUGUGAAACAGGCCAUGAACAUAUCAGUCUUCGAAAAAGACCGAUUCGGCACUAUCCGCGAAGCAGUAUUUGCCAUUAUGUUCUUUGGCACUCCGCAUCGAGGAUCUGACUACGCAAAAUUCUUUACCAAUUUGGCUCGUGUAGUCAACGUGCCUCUUAUGAGCACUUCACGCUUUACUGGCAAAACGCGCGUUGACCUGAUCAAAUCCUUGAAUCGACAUUCAAAGACACUGUCUGAGAAUUCAAAGCAAUUUCGGCUUCAAACAAACAAUUUCAAAAUUCAUUCUUUCCUCGAACAAGAUUCUACACCGCCGCUGAACGAAAAGGUCGUCGAUGAUAUGAGUGCUUGCUUGGGUGUUGAGAAAGAGACUUUACAUCCCAUGCUCGGCUGUGAUCAUAGAACCCUCUGCCGGUUCUCUGGAAGAGACGAUCUGCACUACAAGAGAGUCUUCAACGUAUUACAAGAAAUAGCUACAGAGGCCACCACUAAAUUCGAAGCCGAGCUCACAGCAGAGGAUGAACCAUGUCUCCACUCCCUCUCCUUCCAAACUAUGACCUCCCGCCUCCAAGAGACCACCCUCUCAGCCCCGCACCCAAAAUCCUGCACCUGGAUCCUCACCCACCCCUCCUUCCACUCCUGGACCAAAAGCAACGAGAAUAGACUCCUCUGCAUCAAAGGCCACCCGGGAACCGGAAAAUCAACAUUAAUGUCAUUCCUCCAUCAUCACCACCUCAUCCAUGCCCCUGCCGACACUAUCAUCCUUUCCUUCUUUUUCCAUGGAAAUGGAUCCUCGCUGCAGAAAUCUGAGCUAGGCAUGUUUCGUUCCCUUUUGCAUCAGUUAUAUAAACAGAGUUUCCACGCCCGGAAACAGAUCCUUGCCUUUUACCAGCAAAGGGUUAAGGAAAGCGGGGUUUGUGGGAAUGAUUGGGAAUGGCAGGCCCCCGAAUUGCGGGAAGUAUUUACUUCGAUAUUGACUUCUCAAUCUUCGAUCGAGGCAGGAGUAAGGAGCACAAAAGAAGUUCUAAUUUUCAUCGAUGCUCUCGAUGAAGCAGUUGCUGGGGGCGGGAGUAAAGCAGCAAAAGAGCUGCUUGAUUAUUUUAACGAUUUGUUGGAGAAGGGAAGAGUGCGAGGCAUCAAGAUCUGUACCUCUAACCGUCAUUACCCUGUUAUUUCUCCGCUUUUGGCUAAGAUCCUUGUCAUUAAUGUUGAAGGAGAGAAUCGGCAUGAUAUUGCGGCGUUCGUUUCGCAUUCCCUGUACCAUGGCGUCGAGUCUUGGGCAAGCGAAGAUGAGGAGGAGAAAAGGGAAUUAGAGGAGGCGCUAGUGAGUAAAGCAGCAAGUGUAUUUCUGUGGGCGAAGUUGAGGGUGGAGAAAGUGGUUAAGGGACUCAAUGAUGGCGUUUUUGGGGUGAGGGAUGUGAGCGCGAUGGUGAAGAGGAUGAGAUCGUUGGUGAAGAGAUCAGGUAUGGGGAGGUGAAGGCGUUUGUUGAUACUGAUGUGAGGAUGGAGAGAUUGGUCAAGAGUUUGUCUGGUGGGUUGGCUGAAGUGAGAUAUUAUGGGAAGGAAGGAAUCGUGCAGCUCUUUCAUCAGAGUGUGAAUGAUUUCUUGCGUACUGAUGGCUUGGCUAUCCUGCAUCGAUCUGUGA